AUGUCCCCUCCUACUCUACCCACGGAAUUACUCUCCGACAUCCUCUCCCUCGUCACCCCCUCCUGGCGCUGGGGCCGGCUUGGAUGGGACAACGACCGCGAGCGCGCCACAUGCAAGGAACAUGUGCGGUGGUUUUUGCGUUUGAGGCUUGUUAGUCGCACGUUUGAUGAUCUCGUCAUCGACCACGUCCUCGCUGCGCUCCGAGCGGGGAAGCUGGAUCGGGAGCUCCCGUUGAGGCGCGGCGCCGCGAGACCAUCCACGGUCGCAUUUGUGGAGCGAUUACUGCGACAUUUGGUUCUUCGGACUGCGACCGCAACUGUGAGUCGAGAUGGAGAUGAUGUAUGCUCGGUUGUUCGAACGAUUGCCGAUGGGGCAGCAUUGAGUGCGGAUUUUCUCACUACGAGCGAGUUGUCGCCCCCUCUACAACAAGAGGCGACAAGAUUACGAGAUGUCUACACAGAAGCACUGGUUUCAACUCUCACGACCAUUAUCGGCCCCAACCUCGUUCUCGACACCCUACAACCCGGCCAGGACCACGGCAUCGACAUGUUCGGACCCCUCAACGACGAAAAACAACAAUGGCGCAUCGCCGCGUUAAUGGCCGCCGCAUACCUCGGUCGGAUUUCUGACCUCGAACGGAUUCUUUCUCUGGGCACCGACUUAAACUCCGAUCCAAGCGAUCGCUGGCUCUACCCGCCCGUCAUGGCUGCCGCAGUCGCCGGGCGUGUGGAUGUGCUUCGGUUCCUAGCGUCCCAAGGAGCCGAUCUUCACACGCUUACGGUCGGAAAUGGGGACAAUGCGGUGCACUUUGCAGCUCUUGCUGGACAUACCGGGGCUGUCGAGUGGUUGAUCAACAAUGGGGUGGAUUGCGAUGUCGUGAACAAUGAUGGGGUCACGCCAUUGUACCGGGCUGCGUGUGCCGGACAGGCAGGUGUCGUGAAAGCCUUGUUUACUGCUCAACCGGAGGGCCUUCGAACCGAGAUCAAGGACCCGACGGAUCGCGCGCCGAUACACUAUGCGGUCGAACGAGGAUACGAAGACGUCGUGCACGAGUUCCUCUCGCGCGAGAACAUGGAUUGUAAAAAAAUCGGAAAUCCGGAGCUGGGGCCUGUUGUCACCCCGUUGGUCCUCGCUGCUGCCACGGGACGAGACACAAUCUUCCAUGCGAUAUUGGCUCGUUCUGGUCGGACUUGGAAUAAGUUGGAGAUUCCCCCGCGCACCAUGUGUCGCGUCGUCAUCAGAGGCGGGAGCCUGGCCAUCGCCAAGACGGUCAUGGAGAUGGAGAUGAACUCGGGCGACGAGAAGAACUGGAUGCUUGCUGGCGGAACUUUAUAUCGCGCCGCGCAGUUUGGGAGGAGCGAGGAUGUUCUUCGGUACCUCCUCUCCUUUGAAGAUGCGGAGAUCAACACCGCACCCCAGGAAGAACAGCCGGGACAGCACGCACCGCCGCUUGUCCUGAAGGCUGCAAUUAGCUCAAACAAAAUCGGGCACGUCCGCGCGAUUCUAGACCAUCCACGCUUCGACGCGGUGCGCGCUCUAAGCCCACAGGCAGUCCGGCGUACCUCGCAUUUCCUCCAGGCGCUGCCGGAUGACAAUGACCUCGAUCCAGCCAUCAUGGCAGCACUCCUGGCGCAUCCGGUCUUUGAUGCGAAUGCGCAAGACAUGUCCGGGAGGACUCCUCUCCACUACGCCGCCUCAAGCGGCCAGAUAGAACUGGUGAAGCUCCUCCUCGCGCACCCCAGAAUCGAGAUCGAGCCGGUGGAGAACCAAGGCAAAACACCCCUGUGUGAAGCCGCGGAAAAAGGCCAUGCGGCUGUCGUGAGGACCUUGCUCGAUAUAGCAGGACCAGCCGUUUGGGAUACGACACCAAUCGACAAGUCGCCGCUGGCGUCUGCUGCAUCCGCGGGAAAGGUUAAGAUUGUACGGCUGUUGCUCGAGCCACAAUAUCGGGUCCCGCUGGACGUUGUCCGACUUGAGUUGAGCAAGGCUGAGAGACGCGUCGCCUCAACCCAGACUCAGUUGGCGGAUUUGCGGAAAAGUGGAGGCAUUUUUUGA